AUGGUCUCUCGGUGCCCUGUGAGAGGAGAGGGGAGGAUGCCACUGGAAUCAUCUUCAUCUUCGGUGCAGCUGUCCUUCCCUUCUCUUUUACCCUCAGUGCCAGACAAUUCUGUUAACUCUUUCCUUCCCCCAAUGUCUUACAUCACUUCCCAGGAAAUGAAGUGUAUUCUUCACUGGUUUGCCAGUUGGUCAGGUCCCCAGCGUGAACGUUUCCUACAAGACCUGGUAACUAAAGCAGUGCCAGGAAAACUACAGCCAUUGCUAGAAGGUCUGGAGCAGCUUAGUGUGUCUGGAGCCGACCGUCCACCUUGUAUCUUUGAGUGCCAGCUACGUCUUUGGGAUCAGUGGUUUCGAGGUUGGGCUGAGGAGGAGCGCAAUGAAUUUGUCAGGCAGCUGGAGGUCAGUGAGCCAGACUUCGUGGCAAAGUUUUACCAAGCAGUGGCUGCUACAGCUGGUAAAGACUGA